UGUAACACAUACCGCAUGCGCACUCGGUCUUUCGCAUAUGCAGUUGUGAAUCGCUGUUUUGUAAAAAUAUACAGAAUUUGUUUAGUCUUUUCAAUUAAAGGAACGCAAGUGGAAGUAAAAGCUGUUAUACUGCACGUGUUUAUCGCAAAAUAUCUGACGUGGAUUUUCUAAAGCUAUAGUCUGAACGUAGUUUACACUGUAUUUUUUGUUGGCUCAUUAGCUUAGCAAGGUACGCUGAUGUGACUAGUCCACAGUCCACAAACUCUUAUUUUUUUGCAUGCGCGGUUAAUUAUUUUUACAUUUCCCGGCGUAUAUCUCGGACCGACUGUAUCUACUAAGUUUAAAUGUCCAUUCUCGGUAUAUAUAAUUUAGACUAAAUGCUUUAUAAGGUUAUCCCUCUUUGUGAGUGCAGAUUUGCAGAAACGCAAUGGACAGAGACUUGUUGAGGCAGUGUUUAUUGUAUCAUGGUGAGUCCUUGUUCAACAAACUAAAAUGCGAGCAAACAGAAAACCCAGACUUCCAAGCGUUGGCAAGCGAUUUGUGCAAGAUCACGAGCGAAAGCAGGGCUGAAGAGCCGAGUUGUCCUCUGGUGGAACAGUUCAUAGCCAGAAAGGCAGACAUCCUGUUUAAUCCAGCAUGGAAGACGGCUACAUCUCAGCGGGAGGAUCUCGAGGAGAUGGAGGAGGCUGCAGAACCUUACGCCAUCAUGCCACCGCUGGAAUUAUUCAUGGAGGUGCCGUAUGAAGAGAAAAGAUCGAUGGUGUACAGGGACUUGGAGAGAGGAGACAUUGUGGUUGGCAGGAUUAACAACAUAAGAGAAUAUGGCUUUUUUCUCACUUUGCUGUGCAUGGCAGGAGAACUGAAGAGGGACAUGGAGGACUUAGAUUUGUCAGCCUUAUGUCACAUCAAAGAAAUACCCUCAACUGGCAGCCAUGAUGAUCCUCUGUCCUACUACCAGACUGGGGAUUUCAUCAGAGCUGUGGUGAAAGAUAUCGACCGCUACCAAGAAAAAAUCACAGUGUCACUCCUGCCAGCCUCUCUUUCUCCCAACUUAGAGGGCAUCAAACUGGGAGUCAUUACCCAGGAGGAGCUGCCCAUUCACUACAGCCGUGCCCUUCGUGCUUCCAGUGACUUCAAUCAGACAUAUGGUUCUAUUCUAAGGAGCUGCCAUGGUUACCACAACCCCUGUGUGGUGGACUACCUACUGCAAAAGGUCCGAAUUAGUGACACCCACCCACCAUCUAUGAUGAGAGGACUACAGAGUAAACUUUUCAAAGAGGAGGAUUUUGCCUCUUCAAUCAGGAAGAAACAGUCUGCGUCAUGGGCCCUGAAGUGUGUGAAGGCAGGUGUCGACCACUUCAAACAUGGUCGUCACGUGGAGGCCAUGAACGAGUACAACAAAGCCUUAGAGAUAGACACAAAUAAUGUGGAGGCGCUCGUAGCACGUGGAGCUCUGUAUGCAAACAAAGGCAGCAUCUUGAAGGCUAUAACCGAUUUUGAACAGGCUCUGGAAAGCUGUCCCGAUCAUCGUAACGCUAAGAAGUAUCUCUGCCAGACACUAGUGGAGAGAGGCAAACAGCUGGAAGAACAGGAAAAGCUUGUAACAGCAGAAGGAUUGUACAGGAGAGCUUUGUCUCUGGAUGACAAAAAUCUUGACGCCCAAGAUGCCCUGCGCAAGAUUACGGAUACAAUACAGAAAUCCAUUCGCCUGCGAGAAGAAGCGCUGGCUAAGGAGCAGGAAAAUGUCAAGACCAGCGAAAGCAGCGCUCAGAAAUUGCGUAAGAUAUUAAAAGAAGAAAAAAGAAUGAAGAAAAAAAAGAAGAGAUCGGCAUCCUCCUCGUCUUCCUCCUCCACGUCUUCCAGAGACUCUUCCUCUUCCUCCUCCUCAUCCUCCAGAAGGAGGUCCAAAAAGAAGAAGAAGAAGCAUAAGAAGUCUCAGCGAGGAGGUAAACACCGCCGUAGACUCUCCUCCAGAGACAGCAAGAGGAGCGAGGAGGGUAAGAGGGAGAAGAAUGGGAGAAAGCAGAAGGAUGAGGAGGAGGUGGAAUGGUAUCCUGCUCCUCAAAACACCUCAGCCACCUUUCUUUACCAGAAGGGAGGGCCCAGGUUUGGAGACGAUGACAACGGUGAUGAUGUUCAGGAGCAUUACAAUGACGAAGGAAAGAUCUCCCAGCUCUAUUCUCUGGCAGCAGCCUCCGAACAUGAGGACUCCGACUCCUCACGUUGGGAAAGGAAGAGAAGGGAGAGCAAGAGCAGCAGAAGGAGAAGCACCCACAGCAAGAGUCCUAAAAUGGAGGAUAGAAGGAGGAGUCAGAGUAAGGAAAGAAGGGCUAAAGAAGGAGAAAGAGGUAAGGAAGAAAACAGGAGGAACAGUGACUCUAAACGAAGAAACAGCUUUGAGGAGUACAGAAAGAGGAAGGUUUCCUGCUCCUCCAUAGACUCUACUGAAUAUUCACGAAAAUCAAGUUCCCAGUCGGAAUAUUCAGGAUACUCUGCAUCCAAACACCUGGAGAAAAGGGAAAGAUACAACCCAGGAAAGAGGAAUUCUUUUGACGGUGGUAGGUAUGAGAAAGAGGAAUGGAACAAGAUGCAGGACAUAAGUAGAGGAAAGCAAAGCAGAAAGGACCAGGGAGAUGAUGAUGAUGAUGACGACGAUGGUGGCAGUAGAUCAGCUGGAGGAAUAAGUAAAAGCUCACAGAACACUGGAAGUCAGCAUGCAGCUGCAGCCAAAAAAGACCUGCCUACCAAUCUGCUGGAUAUUUUCCAUAAGAUUGCAGAGUUUGAGAAGGAGAAAGGAGUCGGGCUGAAAAAAUGAACGCCAAAAGGAACACUCAACAGGAAGUGCCAAAUGUUUAAAUGAGUAAAAGAACAGACAGUCAGAAUAUUCCUUUUGGACUGUAUUUCAGGCUGUUGUCAUUUCUGCAAAACAAUACUGACAGUAAUAAAAAUCAAUUGAAACUGCUGAUGAAUCUAGACAUUUAUUUUCCUGAUGCAGAUUUUUAUUUUUCGAAAACUAAAUCACACCUGAAAAUGUUGAUUAAUAAAUACAAGGUUAAGUGGGGUUCUUUUUAUUGUCUGACAGAAACCUAAUUUUUUGUUUUUGUUUUUUGUUGUUUUGGUCGGGCUCUAUAUUUUGACCUGUCAGCAUGUUGGCUUGACUUUUAGAUACAAGCGUUGCUACGAGCAUUAUUAUCAGUCGUUGACUUAAAGCUGCGAGAUUCCAUACUGUAUUUCAAUAUUCAGCUGUGUCUUCCACUCUGUCCUUCUGUCCUGGUGUCUGUGUCUGUGUGUGUUGUGAAGGUACAGGGCUCAGUUCAGCUGCCUGUUCCUGAAUGUGCACAGUCAAUGUCAGCUGUGAAAUUACUUCACAUUCACCCAUGACCCAUAGUGCCUCCACGGUAAUGGCUGUAUAUUACAGUGGAGGUAUCUUGGUGGUGUAACUGCACAUAAAAGGUUGACAAUAAAGGACUUUAAAAUUCCUGUAA